CACCUUGUCCACCAGCAGCACAGUGCGCCAGGGAGCGAGCGCACAGGCGUGGGGCACACCGGGGAGCACACACGACUGACCAGGCAGCAGCUUGAGCACCGACGGCGGAAGGUCUCGGAGAGAAGAAGGUCGUUUCUUGGCUAAGAGAAACCGCAUUAACAGCUCCCAGAGGUGGAGUGUUCUGUUAAUUGUGUCAGCAGUGGAAAGAAAACUCCUUCACGACCAAAUUUGGGAGUACCGUAACCGGUGGUGGGGAGGAGGGGGAAAAGAUGCAGUUCCAGUCCGACUCGGUGAGCCGCGCAGUCCGCCUCCGACGCUGGUGAUGCCCGCCGUGCGGGGAUCACCACCGCCCAGCAGCAGCAGCAGCAGCAGCAGCAGCAGCAGGGGGAAGAGGAGGAGGUCGGGAAAACAGGGCGUCGGGCCGAUGAUGAUGAUGGUAAGGUCGGGAUCAUGGCUAACGGAACCGGUACUAUCAUGUUAAAAUGCGUCGUGGUUGGAGACGGUGCAGUGGGCAAAACGUGUCUUCUGAUGAGCUAUGCCAAUGACGCCUUUCCCGAGGAGUAUGUGCCCACAGUCUUUGAUCAUUAUGCAGUGAGUGUCAACGUCGGGGGGAAGCAGUACUUGUUGGGACUGUACGACACAGCUGGUCAGGAGGACUACGACCGUCUGAGACCGUUGUCCUACCCGAUGACCGAUGUCUUCCUCAUCUGCUUCUCGGUGGUUAACCCUGCCAGUUUCCAGAAUGUGCGUGAAGAAUGGGUGCCCGAGUUGCAGGAGUAUGCACCCAGUGUUCCCUACCUGCUCAUUGGCACCCAGAUUGACCUUCGUGAUGACCCCAAGACAAUUGCCAAACUGAAUGACAUGAAGGAGAAGCCAAUUGCCACCGAGCAAGGACAGAAACUGGCAAAGGAGAUUGGUGCAUGUUGCUAUGUGGAAUGUUCAGCGUUGACCCAGAAGGGCCUGAAGACAGUGUUCGACGAGGCCAUCAUUGCCAUCCUGGCCCCCAAGAGAAAGAAGGGAGCUCUGAAGAGAAGACUGGGACCCCGCUGCAUCAACUGCUGCCUGAUCACGUGAUACAUAAACCCAGAGAUCAUUCAGCAACAAACCAUAAACCAAACCUGGACUGACGGCUAGAGACAGACAAAAGAAAAAUGCACAGACAGCAGAGCAGAGACAAAAUAGAAGACUUAAAAGGACAAAACCAGAGCUAAUUUUAAGCUGCAGUGCUCUUGGAAGGCCAUAAGUCUCUCCUGCUGUCCAGCACUUGAGGAUGCAGUUUACUACCAAAGGAGCACAAAACCCAAGUCCGUCUCUUCUCCUGAUAGACUUUUUUGCCUCAAAAGUACCUUGUUUUAUAACCAUUUUUAAUCAUAUUUCCUGUACAAAAGUGUUGUAAGCUGUCAUAUGAAAAAAACCCCAAACCAACAUUUCAGUUUAAAGAGAAAUGCUACCUUCCAAGUUCAUAUUAUUUCUAUGGUUUUGAAAGCUAGAUUAUUGAUUUAUGAAUUUCUCCAUGUAAGAUCAGAUAUCCUAAUUUGAAGGCCUUCAAGGGAGAAAACAUACAGCUGAUAAAUAAUGGGAGACAGACUUUAGUGACACUGUGACAGUGCCCAGGGUACAUUUCUGGACAUAAGGGCCCAGUUCUUUGGAUUUAAACCUAUAAAGACUCUUUUGGCAAGCAAAGUCUGUCUCUAAUUAUUUGUCAUUUGACGACCUGCAAAUGAAACCACACAAGGUGCUUUGCUUUGUGUGGAGGAUAACUCACGCAAUCUACAACCAGUGAAAUGCUAUUCAAACAACAGCUUUUGGACCUAAAACUGUAUUCUUGUUAAGUUUGAGAGGCUUGUUUUUGCCUUAUGAAAACCCCAUCAUUUUAUAGUGUGGCAUGUCAGAACAUAGAGGCUUCAUCAGAUAUUGAAGAGGUAUAUUAUCCAUUUUUAAAAUAUAUAUUAUCUAGAGUUUAUGAUUCUGUAUCUCUAAAGAGGAGAUGAUCAACGCUGUGCAAAUAUUAUUUUGUCAACUGAUAGCUUACUUUUGUUGUUUUGAAUUUUUGUUAUCCUGCAAUAAUGUGUUAUCCUUUUAUCGCCUUUAAGAAGGUUUCAGAGGAAAGAAGAAGAAGAGGGAUCUCAUAUUAGAAAUGAUUCAUAUCCAACAUCCAAAGACUCAAAUGCACACACUGUCAUCAAAAUCAGGUGGCUAAGGUGACCCAAUACUGUAUAUUUAAUGCACAACAUGAAGCACAGUCCAUGCAUCUUCAUUUCCCCGCACAACAAAGCACAUUCCUCUGCUUUUAAAUACUUCUCUUCCAGAAAAGGCUGAUUGAAGCACAGACAAUGCACAACCUUCCAUCAGGCACAAGUAUGAGCACAGUCCAUCUUACCAUGUACAAUCAUUGUCCAUCACCUCUAAAAUCUUGUUGCAAGGCAUUAGGUGAAAGCCUUGGCGCCUCCCAAAUGUCAUCUUUUCGUGAAAUACAGGAAAUACACUGAUCCAAGCAGUUUUGAAAGUGUAUAAGAAGAGGAGGCAGCCAGUUGCAUCAGCAGUUCCUACAAGUUCAUACUUAGCUUGCGCAAGUCUUUACCAAAGUGGAGAUGUGAACAUCACUAAAUUUAAACAGGCUGCACCACACAAACUAGUACUUAUGUAGAGGUUAGUUGUCAGUAAAUAUUUAUACCUGUGGCUGCCAAGUGGAGCUAAGUGAACCAACUGAAAAAGCCAACGUUAGCUUGCUAAUAUACAGUAUGUCCCAUUUAGAUUGACAGACUAAAAUAAUGCAAGCUAGUUUAGCAUAAUCAGAUAAUUCCCACUCAGUCAAAACUAUUUGGAUACUACUAAGUCUGAAACAUGUUUUUUCAUGCAUGUAUAUGAAUAAAACAUAAGUAUACCAUUAACCCUUCAGAAAGGAUUGGCACCUAAGUUUAAUAUGUCACUUGGCCCCAUGAACUGUUAUUUUGUAGCAGUUAUGUUACAACUUGUGAUGCUACAGUGACUUAGUUGAUUGGACAAUGCUAGACCUGUUUCCCCAGCAACUGAUUUACACUUUGCUAACAUCUUUACUAGCUAAUACAUUUAUUAAGUAUGGAUGGUGCAACCUGAUUUUGUAAAUUACCAGUUUGAAACUAGAUAAUAGUUAUAAGAAUUUAGGAAGGAUUUCACAAAAAAAGUUAGUGAUGGAUUAAGGAUAGCUGGUGCAACUCAAGUCUGUAGAAGUCAAUUCUGUACUAGAAUUUAAAUAAAAAUAAUUACCAAAUUUGAAGUUAUGAGGUCCUCACACGACAGCUGUGAAAGGAUUUAUAAAAUGUAUUGGAACAACAUUAGUGUGACCACCAUCCAUGUAGAAAUCCUUUCAUUUACACAAUAGAAACACGUUCCCCCCAGAAGAAUACACUGCUCUGUAAUAAAGUCAUGCUACAACAUUUCAAAUUGAAACUGAGAUAAUUUGUGAGGUGGAUUUGUGAUCAGGAUUUAGAUAAUAGUAUAAAAUAUCUACGAGCCCCCAAAACAGUUGUAUGCAACAACAGUUUCAAGCCUACAGGUCUGUAAUACUGUAGAUAAUGAACUUGACUGAACUUUCCCUGCAAAACAUCUAAAAUAUCAGCUGUGCUUGUUUUUAUGCAUUUGUUAUUGGCUUUUUCUAACUUUUUUUAAUCAAAGGUGCCAACUCUUGCUAAAUGACUUCUGUUAAUUUUCUGUUCAGAGUCAGAUAUGAUUGAUUAAAGCUUUAAUGUAAAUGGUGCUCCUCCUCUCUGCCCCAGCCUGCAUUGUAUAUUGUACUGUCUUUCUGAGCAGCAGAGUGGAUUGCGGGGUGAACAGCCUUCUCUUUCAGACAGUUUUGCUUGCUUACGUUGUGUGAAGGUCCACCCUCAGGAUCCAGGACCUUAAGUGCCGCAGCCACCAAUGCAUUUUCCCGUUGAUGCUCCUGUCUUCUCAAUAAACGUGUUUACUGUGUUGAUAA